AUGGCUCUCUCGUCAUCGCAGAUGGGAGCCGACCGAGAGCGCUGGGCGAACAAGUUCGAGUUUGUGCUCACCUGUAUCGGCCUGUCCGUUGGCUUGGGCAACAUCUGGAGGUUUCCAUACAUCGUCUACGAGAAUGGUGGAGCUGCCUUCCUGAUCCCGUACGUCGCCAUUGUGGCUGCCAUCGGCCGGCCCAUGUACUACAUGGAGCUCGUGCUAGGACAGUUCUCCAGCAGGGGCCCCAUAUCCGCUUUCGACUCGAUGCCCAUCGCAAAAGCUGUGGGAUUUGCCAUGCCGUAUUCGUGUUUGGGUAUCGCCAUCUACUACAACGUCAUACUGGCGUACGCGCUGCUGUACGCUUACUACUCGUGCUUCGAGGUGUUGCCCUGGUCAUUCUGCGACCCGGCCUGGGCCGACAAGAACUGCUACGUGCGAGGCGCCAACGCGCGCUUACCGUGUAACCGAGUCGACCGGGAGCUCUUCGAAACGUUCGAGCACGCCAACUCGACCGCCAAGGACGCCGUGCCCGUCAGGCACGACGGCAAAGUGGUCAUGGUGGACAACAUUACCUACACGAUGGCCUUCGCAAACUGCACCAAUGCCACGGAGCCAGCCACACAGCAGUUCUUCUGGAAACACGUGGUGAACCUGAGCGACGGCAUCGAAAACCUGGGCGGCGUGCAACCCAAGUUGUUCGUCUGCUUGCUGAUCGCCUGGGUCUGCAUCUUCCUCUGCGUCUUCAAGGGAAUCAGGUCGUCAGGCAAGGUGGUGCUGGUGUCGGCGACUGUGCCUUUCUUCAUCCUGGGCGCGUUUCUCAUUCGCGGUGUGACGCUGCCCGGCGCCUCGAUGGGGCUCCAGUUCUACUUCAUUCCCGAUUGGUCCAAGAUGUUGCAUUUCGAGGUGUGGCAGAAGGCAGCGCAGCAGGUAUUCUUCUCGCUCAGCGUGAGCCAGGGCGUUAUCAUCUGCAUCGGCAGCUACAACGACUUCAGGAACACGCUCUACAAUGACGUAUACAUCAUUGCCGUGGCCGAUCUGCUGGUCAGCUUCUUGGCUGGCAUAGUGGUUUUCUCGGUGCUGGGAAACAUGGCUUACACGCUGGGAGAAGACGUCGCCAACGUCGCCUCCGGAGGCUUCGCACUGGCCUUCAUAACGUACCCGGAGGCGGUGACCCUGAUCUCCUACCCUCAUCUCUGGGCCAUCGCCUUCUUCGUCAUGCUCUUCUUCCUCGCCAUCGACUCGGAGUUCGGCUUGGUGGAGGGCUUCCUGACGCCCCUGAAGGAUGCCUACCCUGUGCUCCAACAACACCUGACGGCGCUCGGUUUCUUCGUCUGCGCGCUGGGAUUUGUUCUGGGAAUUCCGAUGACUACAAGAGGAGGCAUGUAUAUCCUGAACCUCCUGGACACGUAUAUCGGAGGCCAGCUGCUCUUUUUCAUCGCUGUGUUCGAGUCCAUUGCGGUGUCCCUGUCCUACGGCGUCGACCGGCUGUCACUUGACGUCGAGUUCAUGCUGAACUGCGUGCCAGGAUGGCCAGUCAAGUUCUGCUGGCAAUUUGUUUGUCCCAUAGUCCUAACCCUCAUCCUGUCGACACAGCUAUUCACGUACAAACCGCUGUCUUUCGGCGACUACGUGUACCCGCGCUGGGCUCAGGUGAUCGCCGUCUCGCUCGUGCUCGUUCCCGUUCUCAUCGGCGUCAUCAUGUCCAUCCAUCACCUGCUCAGCUGCAAACUGGACUUGACCAGCGCGCUUCAGCCGAGGCCGUCGUGGGGUCCCAAGGACCCCGAGACCCGUCGCGCCUAUAAGGUGUUCCUUGCAAAGCGUGGAGUCACAGACUUGCAGGCGGCGCAGACGCCAAACGUGACAACUACGCUGCCGCCGUCAGAGGGAGCGAAUGUGCUUGUGCCGAUGACCCCCAUGGAUAUGGUCCCACCCCCGCCGGUUGCAUGGAUGCCUCCGGACAUGCCGGGGCCCCCUCCACCACCGGGAGGCCCCGUUUACGCCCAACCCGAAGCCCCGUGGCCAGACGCCUAGCACAGACCGCGACAGCGCAGGGCUCGAACCUCCGCAGAAAAAAAAAUCAAAAAGAAAAAAAUCUGUGUGGUCACCUUGGAACAGUUCCUGUUAGGCUGCAGCUCUCAAGGCCUCUAAAACUGUAAAGUGGGCACAUAUUAAGGUGA